AUGCCCCUCCUCGGAGCCAUCAAGUCUCGGGAAGAGAGGUACGAGGAGGCUCAGCAGAAUCCCCUGCUCUUGGCACUCGAACAGGCCACCCUCGACAAAGAGCCGUUCUUCAAGAAGCUUUCCAACAGCACGCGCAUGCAAGAGCGCAGGCUUGCUCAGCGAUGGAUCGUUGAAGGUAUUGCGCUACCCCCAAGACAGGCUUUCAUCGGUUUCGCUUCAUAUCUUGCCAUCAACACUCAGGGUCGCCUGAGUUCACAGUAUGCAGCCAAGAAGACCAUCAAGAGCUACAUGAACGGCAUUUUCGGAUUGUUUCGUCGCAACGCUCUCCUCAAGGUCCCAAACGACUACCACCAGCAGUGCUUUGCCUUUCUCGACUCUGCCGACUUGGAGAGAGACCCUAUGUCCGCUCAGAGAAGAGAGGAUUUGUCUGCAGAAGAAUUGCUAAGACUAUUCAACGAACGGCUGCAGCCCGGCCCAUGGAAUGACUCAAAGGACGAACCACCGCCGGGGUACCAUGAAAGACAGACUACGUGA